AUGGCCACUAGCAGCUCCGCUUUUGAUGAUGAAUUCCCAAUGGAGGAAGGAAUGCCGGAGCUUCUCGACGACGAGGAUGUUCCAAGCACACUUCCUUCACUUCUCGAGCAGAAUAUGGACACGGCUUUAAAGUCGAACGAGUUCAAACUGGUAAAACGUAAGAGAAGGGCCGGAAAUGCAGUUGACGUCGUGAUGGAGGACAUCUCUCAACCAGACGACUCUACCACAGAUUCUCCAGACGCUGAUGCCGAGCAAAAACCUACGAAACGCUCAAAAGGUUCGAAAGGAGAGUCGCGUGUGGUUCCAGUGCCUAAACACCGUUAUACACCUCUUAAGGAUAACUGGGUCAACAUUUUCACACCGAUCGUCAAAAAUUUGGGACUACAGAUUAGGUUCAACUUGAAGAAGCGGCAAGUCGAAUUGAGGAAUCCUGCUGACAGAGAGGACACAACAGAUUUGCAGAAGGCCACCGAUUUCGUUCGUGCUUUCAUUUUGGGAUUCGAAGUCAACGAUGCGAUUGCCCUCAUCAGACUGGAUCAUCUAUUUCUGGAAACAUUUGAGAUCGCCGAUGUGAAACAUUCGCUGAAAGGGGAUCAUGUGAGUCGCGCAAUUGGACGUAUCGCUGGAAAAGAUGGCCGUACCAAACUCGUCAUUGAGAACACCACCAAGACCAGAAUUGUUGUCGCCAACACCAAAAUCCACAUUCUUGGUGCCUAUCAGAACCUGAAACUCGCCAGGAACGCCGUUUGCAGUUUGAUUCUUGGCUCAAACCCAUCGAAGGUCUACGGAAACCUGCGUAACAUGGCAUCUCGUGGAGCUGAACGUCUUUAA